UCCCACCAUCUUCCUCUGACAAAUUCCGGAUGCUGCGGCGCGGCACACGCUGCUUUGCUGGCACCGAGCUUGGGCUUUGUGUCCUUGAAGAUCAGCGGGAGGGUGCUUGAAAGGAGCCCCGCGGCACCCCGGCAAGUCUUGGGGAGAGGCCGGAACGCACGUCCUGUUUGGUGGGAACGGGGAAGUUGGUCUGAUUCUAGAAUCCCCUACGUGGUUCCAAAAGUAAAGAAGAUGAAUACAUCUCCUGUACAGGUGUCAUUUGAGGAUGUGGCUGUGGACUUCACCUGGGAGGAGUGGCAAGACUUGGACAAUGUUCAGAAGACCCUGUACAGAGAUGUGAUGCUGGAGACAUACAACAGCUUGCUGUCUUUAGGAUACUGCGUAAACAAACCUGAUAUAAUAUUCAAGUUGGAGCAAGGAGCAGACCCAUGGACAAUAGAAGAACCACCAGAACAGAGUCUUCAAGUUGUUCAGAAAAUGGAUGACCUGACUGGGACCAGCCAGGAAAAUCAAGGCGUAACUUUUUGGGAAGUAGUGGUCGUAAACAACAGCACAACCACUGAGGAGAGAGUUGAAUUAAGGAAAACAUGUGAUUUAAAUUCAAACCACAUUUCAAAAAUGGUUGUAAAGAAUGAAGAUUAUUCAGGAAUCAGACCUCAGAAAUUUAAAGUAUAUCAGAAUGAGAUCGUCCCUAGUGAACCUAAUGAAAUGUAUGUUGAAGAGAAACUUAUUGAUCAUAAUAUAACUGGAAAAUCCCUGGCAUGCUAUGAUCAGCUUAGUCAGCUCCCCAAGAUUCAGCCUUUACAGCAGCCUUUUAAUUAUAGUGGACAGGUAAAUGCCUUCAACAGGGAGACAAUAUUCUUCGCACCAAAGGAGGUUCACAUGAGAGAAACCCCCUAUAAAUAUAAUGAAUACGGAAUAGCCUGUGAUAUGUCAGGUUUUAUUGUUGGAGAGGCAACUCAAAUAGGAAAAGAUACUUUCUACAAAGUAUCAGCUUUCCCUAUACAUCAGCAAACAUAUGCAGGAGAGAGAUUUUAUGGAUACAUUGGUUAUGAUGAAGCUUUCAUUAGCAAAUCAGGUCUCAACAUAAAUCAGAUGCCAUAUACAGAGAAAAAACCCUUUGCAUGUACUCAGUGUGAGAAAUCUUUCAACUGUAAACAAAGCCUUACUAUCCACCAGAGAAUUCAUACAGGGGAAAAGCCGUAUGGAUGUUAUGAAUGUGGAAAAACCUUUUAUCGGAAGUCAAAUCUCAGGACACAUCAAAUAAUUCAUACAGGUGAGAAACCAUUUGUAUGUAAUGAAUGUGGGAAAACCUUUUACCGGAGGCCAGAUCUCAUUAUACAUCAGAGAACUCACACAGGAGAAAAGCCUUAUGAAUGUACUGAAUGUGGAAAAACAUUUUGUCAGACGUCCAACCUCAGGACGCAUCAAAGAAUUCAUACUGGUGAGAAACCAUAUGAAUGUAAAGAAUGUAGUAAAACUUUCUCCUGUAAAUCAUACCUCACUCAACAUCUGAGAACUCACACGGAUGAGAAAGCUUAUGAAUGUAAAAAGUGUAGGAAGUCAUUCUACCACAAAUCUCAACUCACUAGGCAUCAACAGACGCACACAGGGGAAAAGCCCUAUGAAUGUAAUGAAUGUGGGAAAACCUUUUGUAGGAAGUCAAGCCUCAGCAUGCAUCAGCAAACUCAUACAGGGGAGAAACCCUAUGUAUGUAAUGAAUGUGGGAAAAACUUCUACCAGAAAUCAGUCCUUGCUGUUCAUCAGAGAAUUCACACAGGGGAAAAACCCUAUGAGUGUAAUGAAUGUGGAAAAACAUUUUACCGGAAGAAAGUCCUUGAUAUACAUCUGAGAACUCACACAGGGGAAAAACCUUAUGAAUGCAGUGAAUGCGGAAAAACUUUUUACCGGAAGUCAGAUCUGAUUAUACAUCAGAGAACUCACACUGGGGAAAAACCUUAUGAAUGCAGUGGAUGUGGGAAAACCUUUUACCGGAAAUCACACCUGAGCAGGCAUCAGAUAACUCACACAGGUGAAAAACCCUAUGAAUGUAAUGACUGUGGAAAAACCUUUUGUCGGAAAUCAGACCUUACUAUACACCAGCGAACUCACACAGGAGAAAAACCUUAUGAGUGUAGUGGAUGUGGGAAAACCUUUUACCGAAAGUCACAUCUCACAGUACAUCAGAGAACCCACACAGGUGAAAAACCCUAUGAAUGUACUGAUUGUGGAAAAACCUUUUGCCAGAAGUCACUCCUCACUAUACAUCAGAGAAUUCACACAGGGCAAAAACCCUAUGAAUGCACUGGUUGUGGAAAAACAUUCUGCCGGAAAUCACACCUCACUGUACAUCAGAGAACUCACACAGGGGAGAAACCUUACGAAUGUAAUGAAUGUGGGAAAACUUUUUACAGAAAAUCAGACCUUAUUAUACAUCAGAGGACUCACACAGGAGAAAAACCUUACGAAUGUAAUGAAUGUGGGAAAACCUAUUACCGGAGGUCACACCUCAGGACACAUCAAAGAACUCACACAGGUGAAAAAGCAUAUGAAUGUAAAGAAUGUGGGAAAACUUACUAUUCUAAGUCAGCUCUCAAUGUGCAUCACAAAAUUCACACACGGGAAAAUCCAUAUAAAUGGAAUGAAUGUGGACAAACCUACCAGGUGCCAGUCCUUGAUUUGCAUGAGAGUCCUCACACAGAAAACAAAGGAGAGAUCGUAGAAAUAGUAUGAAUGCCUAAAAAAUCCUUAUACAGGAAAGAAUUACUGACAAUUCAACAGAAACCACACAGGGGAAACAACAUGAAUAAACUUUUUAGUGGAAAUCACAUCUCAUUGUGCAUUAGUAUAUUCAUUCAAGGACAAAACUUUAUAAAUAUACUGAAUGUGGGAAUGCCUUUUACUAGAAGAUACAUUUCAGCAGACAUCCAAGUGGAAAAACCCAUUGAACAUGAACAACCUUUUUUCCAGAAGCCAGGCCUCAGGACAACACAUCGAAGAACUCACAGAGAUGAACCAAUAUUAAUGUAAAGAAUGUGGAGACACAAUUUGCAAGAUGUCACAUUUCAGCAGACAUCAGAGCAAUCACAGUGGAAAAGCAAAAUGAAUAUAGGAAAAACCUAUUAAGUCAGACCUUAAGAAACAUCAUUGAAAUCACAAAAGGAGCCACCUUAGGAGUAUAAUGAGCUUUUUUCCAGCAGUCAUACCCCAACAGAUAUAAGGGAACUGACACAGGGAAUAAGACACUUCCCUCACCCCACCAACAGCUGAUACUUGCUGUGAGUUCUUGAAAAUCUCUUUUGGACCUACAAGUUGCAAUUUUAUCGCCUUCCCUCCUCAUGGAUGGGACCAUGUUACUAAACUCUUCUUUCACAAAUGAGUUUUGGGAACUAAUAUUCAAGCAAUAACACCCACAUAUUUGAGUUAUCUUCAUUUACUAAGUUAUUUGCAAUGGCUGUGCUUUGCUUGCCCAACAUUUCUUCCACACAUUAUUCUAAUAUAAACCAACUGUGUAUCACCUCAUAAGCUGGCCAUAUGUUGUAUGUGCUGCCCUACUUAAUUGUUUUUGUUCAGGGUUGUCAGUCUCUGGUGGUUUCUUGAUCAUAAUAAUCACAGACCUGUUUUGUUUGGCACUGUAAGCUGCAUAUGUUCCCAGGAGUCUGUUUAUAAGGUAGAGUAAAAUAAUGCUAUGAACAAAAUGUGGUUGUGCCCUGAAGUCUCAGCAGUUUUCCAGAGAUUACUGGGCUAGGGUUUAUUAUUUUUGUUUUCCUUAUGCUCUGUUGGGGUGGCUUGCUUGUUCGCAUUUGAGUCUUGCAUUGAAAAUUUAUCUCAACUGUAUGAUCCCUCUUUGAUUUCAUUCAGUGAACUAUUUGCAGAUUCUUACACAAAAAAUACAGCAAUGAACAUUGUGACAAACUUAUGUCCUUUUAGUACGUUUAACUUUCAUCUAUCCCACUUUGAUCCAUGUUUUGUUUUAAAAAAAAGAAGAAAAACUUCUAUAAACUUCAAUCCCAUAUUCACAGACCCCUUUUUCAAUUGAUUGGAUUCACACUCAGCUUAAAUCUUUGUGGAUUCCCACUUGAGGUAGAACAGUUUACCUGUGUAUUAUUGGGGAUUUCUAGGUGAUCAGGCUACAAACACUUUGAAGUGUGCCAUAGCUGCAGUGAUGGUUAUCUGAUCAAGAUUCAUCCAUCUUGAGUAUGGUCCUACAUGUCACCCCUUAAAGACAGUCUCAUUGGGCUUUGUCAUCUUCCAAAUGCUAAGCAUGAGAAUGCAGACCUGAAAUAUUUGGAUAAGAAUAUAUCUGAAGGGAAACAAAUGGUUUUAUGUAUUUUAUGAAAAUGCUGAAUUACAUGAUUUAUUUUGAGGCCAGAAUAUUUUCAGACAGAACAGUCUAGGCCAAUCAGGUAUUCAGUCUUUCAAUGUUCUGCAGGAAUUUAAAUGUCUAUACCCACAAAAUCAGCCUUAGCAUAUGUGAUGUGUGUGUGUUAGAAAAUUUCAAAUGAAUAGACAAAUCAAUAUCAUGUUGAAUGUCACGUUUUCUCUGUUGGGUUCAGAAACGGAAGGAGAAAACAGAUAUGGUUGGAAAAAUAAACAGAAUGCACACUUGCCAUUUUCAUUAGAAGAUUAGUUUUCAUUGAUGUUUUCCACCAUAUCAGGAAAAUAUAAACAACUUAGUAAAUAUCCUGCAGUGCCAGAGAAAUUGAAUUAGGAGCUAACCAAAAGAACUUACAGGAACUCAUCAAAGCCAAGACUGUGCCCAUCCGGCUGCAAGUCUACUGGUGUUUCCACUUCAGAGCCUCUUUCCAGUAGAGAAACCCUGGAGUCCGUAAUAGCUGUUCACUCCAAUCUCCUGUAGUCAUCAGGAAACCCAGUCCUGAAGAUAAAAUAGCAGUUGGAAAAUGUGUUCAUUUGGGUAUGGAUGGAGUCAAGAUCACAGGAAAGGCACCACUGAACAUACUUCUUUCUGGGUCACAGCUAUUAGAGGUCUGCAUAUUCCAGAAAUGAAGUCAGGGAGGAUAGUUGAGGUGGCAGAGGUAAUAACCGACUCUACAAGGAACUUGUAUUGUGGUGAGCAUACUUCCCAGUCCUUACUCAUCCCAUACAUAUUGCAAUCUCUGCGUGCUGAGAAGCUGUCCAGGCCAUGUCAACAGAUAAACUGGUGUAAGGAGCACCAGUGUGGAUGAAUAGGGAUUCACUUAUUUCCUACUUGCUAUGAUUUGUGGUUCUGGACAUCCUGGGUCCUUGUGUCCCAACUCACUAGCACCUUCCAUUUGGAGUUCCUGCAUUGCCUUUGGGUCUCUAGACAGGGAUGAAAAGGAAUUUAGAAUGCAGUGGGUAGUAGCACAGUUCUUAGAGUAUGACCUGGAUUUCAGUAUUCUGUCAGUACAUGUGACCACCAAUCUCAUUGUCCACUUUAACACAGGACUAGUCUAGACCCAUUACAGUUCUUGACCUAGGUGGAGCAGACCUGACAAGAAUCAUCUGGACAAGAGCAAGUGUGCAGACUGGCAUUACCCUUCCUUGGGCUUGGUGCAGGGUU